AUGCUGUCUUCGCUCCGACUCGCCCGAAUUCAUCCCUUUGACGGUGCCUUCGUGAUCCUUCUCCAAGAGAUCAUCACGGACACAGGAAAACAUUUUGCUGAAGAAAAGGGGAUCCAACUUUUCGCUGGAAAGCUCGAAGCAGACUGGCGGGGGACAGGCAUUGCCCACACCGGAGAUGUCCUGCGUACGUCUUGCAAGAUGUUGCGAGGUGCUUGCUCAUGUGCACUGCGGUACGAAGACUUGAAGUUCCUUGCUACCUCAGCCCACGUACCUCACCAUGCCACUAUUGAGGCCACCGAUGAAAUCCUUGACUCUCUAAGUCAGCAACUGCGCCACGUGCACAAAGCUGUCCUGGGGGUCGAUGCCAACGAGACCUUCCAUCAAGCCACGGACGGAAAAGCAGCGCAUGGUGAUCCCGAGCAGAUGAUCCAUAAGAGCAGCCACUUUCCCUACAACACACGAUUCCAACCGCGCCGCAUCGACUACAUCAUGCUGAAGCACCUGCCCUCCAUUCAGGGAGAUGUUCUGGCACACAGGGACGUUGCCAGCUCAGACCAUGAACCGAUUUGGGUUCAGAUCGAGAUCACGAGCACUACACACAGGCCAUCAGAACAUGCCCCCGAAUGGGGGAGCCGCCGACUUCGAGGACCAACCGAAGUCAAGGCAAUCCUCGACCAGCCCAUCCUCCGCGGGGACUCGCUGGCCAUGCUCACAAAGACAGCCAUCGCCAUCACCGUCCCGGGGAAGGUCCUCCCGCACUUCGAAGAAAGCAUCAACCUUAAACAACUACGCUGCAGAGCUAUUCGGCAACCUCCAGGAAGAGAACGGCGGCAGAUGUGGAAGGAGGUUUGCAGGUCGCACACCCGCGAACACCGCAAGUGGCGGCAAAAACUCCUGGACAGAACCGCCAUCGGGGACUGGACAGCCAAGAAAGCACUCCUUCAGUCGACGCGGAACCAUGACUGGGCCCUUCCGCUGACUGAUGACCCCUCAUGGAAGGAGAGCCUGUCAACGCACUUCGCGGGUAUCUUUCAGAAACAACGAGCAGCGCUGGUGGAUGCGGCUUUCGCGAAGAUUGACAAAGAACUAGCUCUACGCUGCAAAGCACAUCCCUGGCGACCUUUCACCAUGGAGGAGAUGCUCAAGGUCAGGAAGAGAUGGAAGAACGGGCGAUCCUGUGGCCCGGAUCUGGUCUCCCACGAGGCGAUGAAGGCCCUCCUCCCUCAUCCAUACUGGGGGGAAGUCAUGCGGGAACUCUUCAGUGAUAUGCUUUACACGGCCAAGAUACCGCAAAGCAUUGAAAGAGGAGUCAGCAUUCUGCUGGCCAAAAACAGCCGUGUGGAACUCCUGAUGAUACUACGCCGGGUUUGCCGGGUUGCCUUCGACUUCGGCAUCGAAAUGUAUGUGGCAAAACUCGAUAUUCGGAAAGCCUUCGACUCCGUCUUCCAGGAAUCAAUGGCCUUAAGGGUCCAAGAGCACGUCGAUGUACAAGGGGGGAUGCCAUGGGAGGCUCGAGCGUGGGUCUCUCUCCUGCGCUCUGACACCCUUACGGUGACCUUCUGCGGGGAAAACCUCGUCCUGCGGCAAACCAAUGGAGUACGCCAGGGGAGCCCCGACAGCCCCGUUGCCUUUGGCUCGGUGGUCGCCAGAGACCUAGAUGAGUGCCUCGGGGAGGCAAAGACCUUCAAGCCGCUCGAGAACGACCCGCCCCCGGAGGACG